AUGGAGCUAGGAAAUGAUAAUAUAGAUUUUAUUAAAUUAAUUAACAUAAAAGGUAAUGUGGAUAAUAUUACACCGCAUAAAAUUGCCGUUGUUGCGUUUAUAAGAGAAUAUGGGUUGUUAAAAAUGGAAGCUAAAGAUAUGAUAGAUCGUACGAUGCCUCCAAAAUACAGAAAAGAUUUUUGUCUACUUGCGUUAAAACUUAUUCAGUGUCCAGAUAUGGAGUUUAAGGAAUUAGAGGCCCUAUUAACUGAUGGAAGAUAUAAUCUUUUAAGUGUACAUUUACAAAAUUUUUGUGUAAGACUACAAAACAUAUAUGUCAAUGGAAUAAAUGCUCUCAUGGAUUGUGUUACUUCAACUAUUGAUAAACUUAUGGUUGAGCAUAAUGAAACUAAUCCAUGUAUCAUAACAAGAUGUAGUGUAUUAGGUUUCUAUUUACGUAGAAUAAUGUUAUAUUUGGAUAAACUAACUUUUGUGCAAGUCGCUUCCCUUUAUAAAUCAUUUUGUAUAUAUUAUCAAAAAGGAAGACCUGGACUAAUGAUGAGAUCGUUAAGCAAAGAGAAGCUAAACAAUGUUGAAGUCCCACCCACAGGAAGAUCUAUAUCACCUGUUCUUUCAGAAGAAUUAAAACCUCAAGAAAUAUUUCCAAAGAUGAAUAUGUUAGAGAGAGACACUAACUUUGAAGAAUGUCAGUGGUCAAGAAAACAGGCAGAGCUUUUUACAGCACAACAGGCUAAUUUAUUGCAAAUAAAUGAAAAAAAAGCUUUGCCUCCUAAACAACUUCAAAAGACAAUAAUGCAGAUAAUAAAUGAUAUACCUGAAUAUCCUGAUAUACAUUUUCUUAGCUUUUUGAAUUGCAUAAGGAUGAAAGAAUUUUGUGGUGCACAAGAUUCACUUUAUAACUGUUUUGAUCGUGCAGUUUUCAAUAUAUGCGGAAGUGGCAAUUCAUUGAAUGACAGAAAUAAAAACUUUCGUUAUGCAGCACUUAAUAGAGCUGCGAUGCAUACACAGUUUGGGCAUAAGUCAGUCGCAAUGGAGGGCGUGCGCGAGGCGCUGGCGACGGCGCAGGAGGCGGCGGACGGCGCGUGCCUGGCGCACGCGGCGGCGUGGGGCGCGCUGGCGGGCGGGCGCGCGCGCCGCGCCGCGCUGCUGUCCCGCGUGCCGCGCCCGCCGCGCGCCGCCGCCUCCGCCGUGCAGCUCAUGGCGCAGCACGCCGCCGUCAACGCCGCGCGCCCCUCGGAAGUGUUCCAGAUCAUAACUAAAGGAGACUCUAUUAAUUAUCUACACUCUAUGACCGACUUAACCAUGGCGGGGCUCGCCAACACCGCCGCAUUAUGGGGACUCUAUGGCAAAACGGAAAUGGCAUCAGUUAAUUGCCAGUUGCUGUUGAACUUAAAUACAAAAUGCAAUGUGGGCUACGGCAGCGUGUGGCAGUGGGCGGAGAGCGGCGCGGCGGGCGCGGGCGCGCUGUGCGCGGCGGCGUGGCGCGGGCGCUGCGCGCUGGCGGCGGCGCUGGCCUCGCUGUUCGCCGCGCCGCAGGUGCUGGCCGCCGCCGCCGCGCACCGCGCCGCCGCCGCCCUGCGUGCAGCAAAAUGGGAGGAAGCAGAUCAAAGUAUACGGCAACUUGCGUCGUACGAUCGGUGGGAAAGCCAGCUGCUGCGAGCGGAGAUGUAUUUCCUGAAGGGCGACGCAACAGACGCCUUGGAAACUUUACAUGACAUCCUCGACUACUGUAAAACAGAGGAUGACAGUUUGCACUACAUGUCUUUAAGAGUUAAAGCAAUGAUAAUGAUGGCAGAGGUUCAACACACUUUCAGUAGCAUUCGUUCAACGAAUAUUAUGCUUUUAAACGAAGCACUGUCGCUAGCGAGGAAGUACCAUCUGCAUUAUUUGGCAGCAACGGCUGAAAUGCAUAUAGCAAAUGUUCAACUACAUAUGGGGUGUACGAAGAAUGCUCUCUCGUUGACCCGCAGGGUUUUGCCCUUAAUCAUGGAACACGGGAGCGCUUAUGAUUCAGCUAGAGGACUACUACUAUACACGAAGUGCCGCGUGGCGACGGCGGCGCCGGCGGGCGAGGCGCGCGCGCACGCGCUGCGCUCCUGCUGCCGCGCGCUCGACACCGUCAAGGAGAACUUCGCCAAGGUGGGCGCGCAGGCGCGGCUCUUGCACACCUGGUAUCUACAGGCACAACUGUAUAAUGACAUUGGCAACAUAGUAGCCCGGAAUCAAUGUGCUUGGAUGUACAGACAACUUGAAACACAAAAUCCAGUUGAACCACUGAACACAUUACAUAUAAUGUAU